UCUUAUCUGUAAUCUUGAUUCGUUGUUUUUAUUAUCUCGUUUCGUGGUUGCAAAUGGUGAUAAAUAAUUAACACAGUUAAUAUUUGAUUUAAAAUAAAACGAUUUAUACUUGUAGUUUAACAAUCUACAGAAUUUUAAAACUUGAAUGAGUACAAAGUUAAGAUUUAUUUAUUGUUUCAUAUCCUUUAUUAAGAAAAAUUUAACUUGCAUUUUGCUUAAUAGCAAGAUCUUAAAAAAAUUGUGGGUACAAUUGUAAAAGUUUAUCCUGCGUCGAAGAGAUAUUAAUUAUAAACAAUGUAUUAAUGAUUUUGAAGUUAGGAAUGCUAAUCUGUUUUUUUGUAAAAUGGUUACCUUAAUAAAAUUAUUUUUGUUAGUUUUAUAUAUUGUUAAAUCAUUUUGUGAUACUUCUGUAGAUGGAGUAAAAUAUGCUAACAAAUGUGAAGUUUGUAAGAUUCUAGCUAUAGAGUUAGAAAGUCGUUUACAAGAAACUGGAAAAACCAGUGAGUACAUAGAAAUAGGAUACUCUGUUGAUCAACCUAAGAAGAAGAAAGAAUAUAAAAAGUCUGAGCUAAGAUUAGUUGAAUCUUUAGAUGGUGUUUGUGAAAGAAUUUUGGAGUAUAAUAUUCACAAAGAAAGAACUGAUAGUUCACGCUUUGCUAGAGGAAUGAGUCAAACAUUUCAAACACUUCAUGGUCUUGUAAAUAAAGGUGUUAAAGUUGAAUUAGGAAUACCAUACGAGCUUUGGGAUAAACCUUCAGUUGAAAUUACUACCAUGAAAUCUCAGUGUGAAGAUUUGUUAGAAAAUUAUGAAUCAGAUAUAGAAGAAUGGUAUUUCAGUCAUCAAACAGAAAAUUUAAUGGAAUUUUUAUGUAAAAAUCGUGCUUUAAAAGAUGAUGAUAUUUCAUGCUUAAAAGAAAGUCCUUUAAAAGGAGAUAUUGGUAAACAAGAACUAUAACAAGGAAAGCUGGGAUUGAAAAAUAUAAUUAUUAAAUUAUUACAUCUGUCUAAAAUAUACAACAUUUUGUGACAGGAAUGAAUAAAUAUACUUUAAAAUA